AUGGACUUUAGAAUUUUCCGAGAUUGUUACAUCAGAGGUGUGGUUCCUCUGCUCCGGGAGCUGACGGAGGAGGAGCGGCAGCAGAUCCUUCACUCCGCAGACUUCCAGAGCUUCUUCGACUGCUCCAUCCGAGUCAUGGAGAGAGCCCUGGCAGAAGACAGCCACAUCUACUACGACUACAGCGGCCGCGACCACCACAAGGACGGAGACGUGUCCGGAGGCUCCAGUCUGUCCUUCUCUCGAGUUUUCUACGACGAGCACUGGUCCAAACAUCGAGUCAUCACGUGUCUGGACUGGUCGCCUCAGUACCCGGAGCUGCUGGUCGCCUCCUACAACAAUAACGACGAUGCUCCUCAUGAACCGGACGGAGUGGCUCUCGUCUGGAACAUCAAGUUCAAGAAAUCCACCCCAGAGUACAUCUUCCACUGCCAGUCUCCCGUCGUGUCUGUGGGAUUCGCUCGGUUCCAUCCAAACCUGGUGGUGGGGGGGACGUACUCGGGACAGAUCGUCCUGUGGGACAAUCGCAGCCACCGACGAACCCCAGUGCAGAGAACCCCCCAUGCUGAAGCUGAGGUUUGUGUGGGAGAAGGACCCCCGGGCUCUGAUGGAGAGGGAAGGGCUUCAGCGUCACGGGGCUCACAGCGUCUACAGGCCUGGUGUCACAAACGAGCCAAGAUCGUGGCCCUGGCACGAAGCUUCAGCAGCUCCUACAUCACCAUCCACAAAGCUAAAGUCCUGAGUUUAACAGUAACAGUCCUCCUCCUGGUGUGUCACUCAGCGUCCCGAUAUUACACUGACUCAGACUCGUGUCAGAAGCUUCUGUCCUCUGGACACUUUGUAGGGAGCAGUGUGUGGCAGCCUGACGGCUGCAUGAUGCACAAUUACAGCAGCAGGUGA